AGCCUGUGGGUUGUGAGACACCACCAUUUCUUACAGAUGGAGACCUCAAGUACACAGUAAAAAGUAAUUACAGCAAUAAUGAAAGAGUUGAAUACAUGUGUCAAAGCUUCUACACCAUGGAGGGAGAGCCUUACAGAACCUGUAUCAAUGGAGAAUGGACCGGACAUAUGAGAUGCCUCAAACCGUGUGUUGUGAAUGAAGACGACUUUAGACAACAUAACAUCACUUUAAAAUCCAGUGACAAUAAAUAUUUCACUCAUGAUGAAAUAAUUGAGUUCAGGUGUGCCAGAGGAACUCCUGUCGGUGCAGCGGCCAUGCGUCAGAGGUGUAAUGGCGGUGUGGUUCUCCUGCCUACUUGCCAGUGAGACACUGAAAAAUACAGAGGAAAUAGUUCAACUUGUAUUUACAUACAAUUAUGUGGGACCCAGGAAGAUUAGUUUGUACCUUGCUAGCAGCUAAUGGGGAUCCAAAUAAAUGUAUAGAUUGCAAAAAAAAGUAUUGGUCUUCCAUCUCCACUUUAAUGUUGACUAUGGAAGUUUUUUGAGUAAAACUCACCAUUUUGUUUUGCACAUAGCUCAGUACAUUUAUCAUUACAUAAAUGAUUGUAUGCUGUUCAUUCGGUUCUAUUUUCAUUUCUAAUUUCUUAAUAUCAAAUUGUUUAAAUAUGUUAUUACUCUGGAGAAAAGCAAGAAAUAUAUGAAAAGUUUGUUUUAUAGCAGUUUCCAUUGAUUAAUUAUAUUAUAUAAUUAUGAUAAGACGGUGUACCAAAAUGAAAGUAGACAAAAUUAGGGACUUGG